AUGAAGAAAUUGCCGUCAAACACCGAAGGAGCAGCAAUUCUGACUGGCUGCGUAUCCUGUCUGGAUAGACCCCUUUCAGCAUUCGUGCGAUUACGAGUUGCACAGAAGCUCUAUCCGAUUCUUCCGGAUUUGCCUGUACCAGUUCGAUUUAUCUUCCUUCUGCUGAGCCCUACAGAGAACUACCACAACGAAAGAGUUUCUAUUGCACGGACAAUGGGUGCCUUUAUAGCCGAUGAGAUAUUCCGUAAAGUGGCUCUUCACACACUGGAGCAGCACACUUUGUGCGAUGCCGCGGACGAGUUCAUCUCCCAGAUCGCAGCUGUUCCACCAGGAAAAUGCUCAGAUGAUGCACGUUGGGAACCCAAAGAAACUGAGUCCAAGCAAACGCGCACUGUUGGCAUGCUCUAUGCAACCUACCAUGACGGUGACAGCGAGGGCGACGAAGAUCAUGGAGAGGGCAAAGGAGGGCACGGAAGUAUUGUCAGAACGGGAAAAUUGUUUGGAGGACUGGUGCAGGAUGUCAAGACCAAGGCCCCGUGGUAUCUAUCGGAUUACACUGAUUUCUUCGGUGGACGCUUGUCACAAUCACUCGCUGCUACCAUCUUCCUCUUCUUCGCCAACAUCACCUCGAUUAUCACUUUUGGUGCAGUGAUGGAGCGUAUUUUGCACCAUCAAAUG